UUAUCACCACACAAAAAGAAAACAAAGCCAAUAGGAGGGAAUGAGAAAGCAAUCUCUCAUAUCUCAUUGGGAAGAAGAGACUAAUUGGUCAUGCAGCUGACAUUUCAGUCUAGUUGGAGUCCUUGUAUUCGUAGUUUUGGUAAAUGUCUCAAGUCUAUCAACAUUCAACAGAACAACUGGACUUAUCGAACUUUGCUUCAACAUAGCCGAUUAUCUCGACAUACACCAUUUCGUCAAGUGACUAGAGCUGAGUUUCAAAUAUCGGAAGAUACUCCCUUUGAUGCGAAUCCUUUGGUAAUCAUAGUUGCUUUGCUUGGGUGGACUUUACCUGCCAGUAUUCCUUCCAAUAUUCCUAUUCUUCACGGUACAGGAUUGACACAAGCCUUUUUCACUUCUAUACAGUCCAACUUGGCUGAAUGGCCUAAAGGCCCUGCUUUGGAUGAUCCUUUUUGGCUUUAUAUGGUUCUGUGGCAUGUGGGACUUUUUAUAGUAUUGUUCUUUGGCACUAUUGGAUAUGGUAUUAGUAAGAAUCGAGUAUAGCUGCUUUGUGUGUUGCUUUUAUGUGAGAUGAAAUAAAUUUGUUCUUCCCAAGAUAAUAAUAAUAAGAAAUGAAUGGGUUUUGUU